AUUUUUUUCCGAGUUCUUUAACUACCCUAGAUCCCAUGGUACAAUGGUCCAGGUCUCGAGUGAGCUCGCACUCGUCUAUUUGGCCUGGUGAAACUAGAAAGUCCUUCGAGCCACCAGUAACUCUUCCAUCAUAAGAAAAGAGGUAGCUAACCUUCAAACUAACAAGGUAGUGGAAUCUAUUCUCACACGUUCUUACCUCGAUUUAGUUGUUGCCUACGAUCAUAGAUAUAAUAAUACAACUAUAUUUUCAGUGCUUUGCGGUAUCGAGUGUGACCUUCAACAUGAUAUCAUAUGGUAUGGUUAUCGGAUUUAACGCAUCACUGUUCUCAGACUUGAGGAAGAGUCGAGAGAUACCUUUGGACAAGGAUUCAGAGUCAUGGUUGGCAUCACUGAUCGGGAUAACUACACUAAUAGGAUGUCUCUUCACCUCACUAAUCAUAGAUCGAAUUGGCCGCAGACCUGCACUUCUUAUCAGCUCAAUACUCAUAGUCACCGGUUGGAUAACAUUCAGCUUGGCCUCAUCAUUUCCAGCCUUAUUAAUGGCGAAGAUAUCUCAAGGAAUGUCUAUCGGUCUUGGGACCACAAUGGGCGGUAUUUUGAUUGCAGAAUACAGCAGUCCAAAAUACCGAGGAUCUUUCAUCGCGACGAUACCUGCUGCGAUGUUAGUUGGUAUUUUAGCUUCACAUUCACUUGGCUUGUUUUACAACUGGUUUCAAAUUGCGAUAAUCCUUUUGUUUUGUUCUUUACCCGGAUUGAUAAUUGCUAUAUUUACACCGGAAUCACCGACUUUUCUGGCAACUAAAGGACGCUACGAUGAAUGCAGAAAGGUUUUCCGCUGGCUGAGGGGUUCAGAGGAUGAUGACGAGCUGGAGAAAAUGAUCGAAGCCGAUAUGAUCGUUAAAGAAGCCAAGAAAAGUUGUAGAAAUAACGUGUCAAAACUAAUUAAGCAAAAUUUAAUGUAUUUUAUCACGUCGUUCAAAAAGCGCGAAUUUUACAUUCCAGUAUUUAUAGUGAUACAUUUGAAUGCCAUUAAAGAAUUUUCUGGUGCUAUUGUCCACGAUUCGUAUCCUAUGGAUAUUUACACAGCAUUAUAUGGUACAGAUAUUUACAUGUUCAAAGUAAUCGCAUCGUUGGAUUUGCAAAAAAUAUUCGCUACUUUUUUAACAAUUUAUUUAACGUCUGGAAUAAGAAGGCGUCCACUCUACCUCACGCUUGUAGGACUGAAUAUACUAUCGUUGCUGUGUGAGGCCGGAUACAUAUACGCUAGGCGUCACAAUCUUCUACCUUUUGACCAUAUAGCUAUUGUGAUAUGUUUGCAACAUUUCCAUAUGUUCACCAGCGGAGUUGGCGCUACUUCUUUAACCGCAAUAAUUAGUAAUGAAUUAUAUCCAAUGCAAAAUAGGGGUUUGUGUGGGAUGAUUUGUAGUGCAAUUCUCUCAAUUUACAUGUUUGUAAACAUCAAGUCCGCGCCGUAUCUAUUCUCUCUGAUUGGUGUAGAUGGAACGUUUUGUGUCUAUGCAGUGCUGCUGCUUUAUAGCCUGGUCGUGUCUUAUUAUAUGGUACCAGAAANUUAUUAA